CACCAUGAGCGACGCACCCGCCACGCCGCCCGCCGAGGCUCCCGCCGCCGCAGUCGAGGCCUCUGCCUCCACAGUCGAGGCGCCCGCCGCGCCGGCGCCCCUCAGCGCCGCCGGCGUGCAGGCGCCGCGCAUCGACACGCUCAUCCUCGACGCCGGGCCCCUUCUCACCCGCGCCGCACUCACGCAUCUCGCCUCGACGUUCCUCAUCCCGCCCCUCGUGCUCGCCGAGCUGCGCGACCCCGCCGCCCGCGCCCAUCUCGAGGCGCUGCAGCGAUACGGCGCCGAUGUGCGCGUCGUCGAUCCCGGCGCCAAGGCCAUGCAGCACGUCGCCGCCUUUGCGCGCCAGACGGGCGACUUGCCCGUGCUCAGCCAGCCCGAUCUGAGCGUGCUCGCCCUCACCUACAAGGUGGAGCAGGAGAAGCACGGCGACUGGCGCAUUCGCGCAAAAGUCGGCGGCCCGACUGGACAGCAGGCACACGAGGCCGCGCGCCUCGCUGCAGUCAAGGCCGACGGUGGCGCUGAGAAGGCGAAGCCUGCAGCCGCCAAGAAGCUCGCGCCCACGUCUGCCGCCACUGCCCUCUCCGCACAGGUCUCCGAUCUUUCCCUCGCCGGUCCAUCUUCUUCUCGGACCCCCUCGCCCGCUCCCGCCGCCUCGGCCGCCGCGGAUGACGACGAGGGAGAAUGGAUCACGCCGCGUCCCGCCAAGCGAGUCGAGCCCAUCGCCGAGCCCGAGGACGCAGGGGGCUCAGACGGCGAGGGCGAGUGGAUCACCAGCGCCAACAUCUCCUCGCACAAGGCCCGCGACUUGGGCCUCAUUACCGCCGCAGACGAGGCGCCCUCUGUCGCCUCUCCCGCCGUCGUCGCUCCCGAGGCGCAGCAGACACGUACAAAGGGCAAAAAGGGCAAGGGAAAAGCCAGGAUGACCGUGGCUUGCAUGACGGGAGACUACGCGGUGCAGAACGUCUUGCUGCAGAUGAACCUGGCGCUCGUGUCGAUUGAGGGUGCGCGCAUCGAGAAGGUCAAGAGCUGGGUGUUGAGAUGCCACGCCUGCAUGAAGAUCUGCAAGGACAUGGACAAGACGUUCUGUCCCACAUGCGGCAACCCCACUUUGCUUCGCACUGCCGUCUCCUCGAGUGCCAGCGGCUCCGAAGUGGUGCAUCUGAAGCCCAACUUCGUCUAUCGCAAUCGCGGCACCAAGUAUUCGCUGCCCAUUCCGCGCGCCUCCAAGGCGGGCGGCGCGCGCGAAGCGGUGCCCAUUCUGCGAGCCGACCAGCAAGAGUGGACGCGCGGCGUGGCGCACGAGAAGGUGCGCAUGGAGAAGGAGGAGAGGCGCGCGAUGAAGGAUGCCGAGAGAGGAGGCGACGGCUGGAGCUCGCGCUACCAAAACGUCGAGGAUCUGAGUGUGCUUCUGGCGGGAGGCACGGGCAAGGAGCGGAGGGAAGAGGGAGGCCUGCCUCGCCUGGGCAUCGGCCGCAAGAAUCCAAACGAACGACGCAGACCUCGUGCCUAGGCGCUCUCCCUGGUUCCCCUCGGCUUUCACACUCACUCGCUUCGCUACUCCCCACGCAAAUCCAUCUAUUGCCCCCCC